AUGGAUAUCGGUUUACGAGACCUGUUGUCAAUCAAAGCUGAAGAGAUCAGCUUAAACUACGUUUUCCCCAGAGUUGAGGGCUUUGUGGAGAGACAGAAUCAUAUGUUAUUUAAUGCCGACAAGAUUUUUAUUGCUGGUAAUCUAUCUAUCUAUCUAUCUAUCUAUCUAUCUAUCUAUCUAUCUAUCACACAUAUCAACCUCAAUGGGUUAUUUAAUGCCGACAAGAUUUUUAUUGCUGGUAAUAUUUUUUAUCUAUCUAUCUAUCUAUCUAUCUAUCUAUCUAUCUAUCUAUCUAUCUAUCACAGUUAUUUAAUCUGUCUUGGUCUCUUCAUGUUUAUCUGUCUCUCUUGGUCUCUUCAUAUCUAUCUAUCUAUCUAUCUAUCUAUCUAUCUAUCUAAAUUUUUAUUUCUGGUAAUAUUUUUAUCUAUCUAUCUAUCUAUCUAUCUAUCUAUCUAUCUAUCUAUCUAUCUAAACUUGUAUGUCUAUCAAGUCAUCCCGUUUCCUCCCCGUUUCUUGUAUCCCCCUCUCUACUUCGGUCUUUCCUUCCCCCUUUAUCUUCUUUCUAUAUCCCUUCUAAAUGCCCUUUCCCUUAUCUGUAGAUUUUUCCUCUUUCUUCCUAUCUCUUUUAAUUUUUAUAAAAGAACCUUACGAUUCAUUUUUUGA